AUGGAAGAUGGCUAUGGAAACAAAGGGCCUGAAAAUGAAUGCAACAAAGACAAAGGUGAUGAUUGGUGGAGAAAAUCUAAAGAUGGAGGAAUUCGAACGUGCAUAAAAAGGGUACAUAAUAAUAAUAACGGAGAAAUUGGUGGUCGGGAUAUUGGCAAUGGGUUAAGAGUGGAUAAGUUUUGUUAUUUAGGUGAUAUGCUAAACACAGAUGGUGGUGUAGAUUCUGCUGUUGUUGCAAGGAUCAGACAAGCUUGGAAGAAGAUGUCGUCUAUUCUUAUAAAUAAAAAAGUCUCUCUGAAGUUAAAGGGGAAAGUUUACGUGAGCUGUGUGAGGAGUUGUUUAGUUUAUAGCGGCGAAACAUGGGCAAUGAAAGCGACUCACGAAGCCAAAUUAGAAAGAACAGAGAUGAGGAUGAUUAGAUGGAAAUGUGGGGUAUAUCUGAGAGAGAGAAAAACUAACAAGGAAUUGCGAGCACGAUUGUGUAUAGAAAUAAUUGAAGUGGUAUUACGACGAAAUAGACUAAGAUAG